AUGGCGAGAUUAUUAAGAAAGAAUGGUGGCAGUAGAAAGAAGAAUCAUUACAGUGACGGACUUGGCCGUAUAGACAGGAUAUCCGACCUACCAAGCAAUGUUAUCGAUGAAAUUUUAUGCCGUAUGACAACCAAAGAAAUAGCGCAAAUGAGUGUUUUGUCCAAAAAAUGGUACCAUAUCUGGUCCACCCAUCCAGUCAUUGUGUUAGAUCGUCAAUUCCAUGAGGACAUAAACCAAGACGAUUCAUCAGUCACUUAUGGCGGAUUCAAAAACAUCGUCAACAAAAUACUGUUGCAACACAAUGGCCCUAUUGUCAAGUUUUUCCUUGACUUAUCAAUUGCUGAUUUAAACGAUUGGGACAUCGAUCAUUGGCUACGUUAUGUCUCUAACAAUGGUGUUAAUGAACUCACCAUUGAUAACUCAUUCCAAUUUCCAUAUAAUUUGCCGCAUUUCUUGUUCAAGUGUGCCAAGUUGAGUUAUUUGAACGUUACCAAUUGCAACUUCAAGUUGCCACUUGCCUCAACAUCAUUUCAGAAUCUUGUUAGGCUUGAUCUAAAGCUAAUGUCUUUUAAUCAAAAGUUGGCGCAAAACAUCCUUGAGGCUCCACUUCUGUUGAUCUUGAUGAUUACUGGUUGUGAUGGUAUCCAAUUCCUUAAUAUCUCCGCGCCACGGCUACUUUGCCUGCACAUUGUUGACAGUCAUUAUGUGGAUUUGAAGCUUCUCAAAGCCUGUCCUGAGCUGAAAGUGGGUUUUGCUUGGAUGGACUUUUUUUCAAGGUAA